AUGGCUGCCGAAACGGGACAGAUAUUAAGUAAUUUUGAUAUUUCAAAUAAAAAUGAGCGAUUUUUAAUGAACAAAUUGAGGGAUAAAGGACUGGAAUACGUUUCCAGUAGUGGUAAAUUAAUUGCUGCUAAAACUCAACCGAAAAAAUGGGAUGCAUUGUUUGAGCAGUUUUACAAAUUAGGAGAUCAAAAUAAACAAAAUCAAUUUUUACAAAAUCACAUAGUAAUUAAAGCAGUUCAUUUGCACAAUUGGGAAAGUGAAAGAUCAUCGCCAGCUAAUAAAAGAAGAGUUACUUGUCGAUAUCAUGUUCCAGAUUUAGCCGACAGUUAUAAAUUAGAUGAUUAUAUAAGAAAAAAAGGAAACAACAGUAUUGAGGUCUGUCAAAAGGCUUUUAUGAAUUGCUAUGGCAUAACUGAAAAAAGAGUUCGAAUGCAAAGAGAAAGAUGCAUAUCAAGAUUGGCUCCAGGUCAUUAUAAAAAUUCACCAUUUGGUAAAAAGCAUAAAUUGAACAAAACAAAAUCGCAAUGUGAUGAUUCUUCGAAAAAGAGUGUUGAAUUUACAAAUGGGUUAGAAAUUACUCCGUUAGAUUUAAGGAAUGAGAAAAAAAAAAAUUCCAAUUUCAUAAAGGAAGCUGAAGUUUUUAAUGAUUCUGUUAAAAUUGAUAACAAAAAAAAAGAUGAACCUCUUGACUUGUCUCAUCGGAAAAUGUCAAUUAAAUCAUUAGUACCAUCAUCAAUAGAAAUAGAUCGGAGUAAACUUUAUGAGAUAGCGAAAAAAAUUGGAGUUUCCAAAGAAAGAAUAGAUAAGGAAAUGGCUCAAAAAUAUGAACAAUUAGUUUGGCAAAAUUUAAAGAAACAGCAAAAAAGUUUGGCCAAAUUUAAAAAAAGGCAUUCUUCGGAAGAGUCAGUGGUAAGUUAUAAUCAACGGGAAAUCGAAAAUAGAAGUCCUUCAAUUAAUGCAGUUGCCGAACAAGUGAUAGGUUUAGGAGAUGAUUUGACCAUUUUACCUAUUCAAACAUUAAAUAAUGGAGAUUUGACAAUUAGCCCAGUUUUAGGGCAUGUGUCAAAACCAGUAGAAAAUAGAGAUAUUAUGCAGGUUAAUACUUUUUUUCAAAAUCAACUAUGGAAGCCAGAAUACAUAGGAUUAUCGAGUUGGAGAAAAUUGAGAAAUCAGUCUUUUGAAAUAUAA